CGAUACACGUGAGUCUGUUAUCAACCAACCAGCCAGAGAGCCAGAGAGCACUCCACUCGAUCCAAACCCAGCAGAACCACACCGAGCCGAGCCAAACCACCGCACACAGAGGCGUGAACGAUGACCUGGUAGCGCAUCUUUACGCACCAGAUCAUCAACCCAUCCCUUAUAAAGCCACAUUCUGCCUCUUUUCGGUUAAAUCUCUCUGGGAGACCAUGGAGACUGCAGCUCACAGGACCGAUAUUUUCAUCUCCCAGCUGCUCCUCUUCAGCCAAAUAGUUGUGGCAGCGGAGCCGCUGGUCCGAGGCCUGAGGAAACUCCCCGAAGAUAUCGGCUGGUCGUACACAGGUGCCCUGAACCAGCGCAGCUGGGGUAAGAAGUACCCGUCCUGUAACAGCGCCAGGCAGUCUCCUGUGGACAUCGACGAGACGUUUACUCAAGUCAGGCUGCAGUACCAGAAUCUACAGCUAGAGGGCUGGGACAAACCCACGGCAGAGUCCAGCACCAUCCACAACGACGGGAAGACCGUGUCCAUCCGUGUGGAAGGGGAGUUCUUAGUGAGCGGAGGAGGGCUGACCUCCAGGUUCCGUGUCGGUACCAUCUCCUUCCACUGGGGGCGCUGCAACGCAACAUCAGAAGGGUCUGAACACAGCCUGAAUGGGAUGAAAUACCCUCUGGAGAUGCAGAUACACUGUUACGAUGCAGAUGACUACCAGAGUCUGGACGAUGCUAUCAGGGAAGGAGGGAGGAUCGCUGCUUUGGCCGUGCUCUUUGAGAUCAGCUUGGAAGACAACGAGAACUUCAGUCCUGUUAUAGAGGCCGUCAACACCGUCAGCAGGUUUGGUAAGAGCGGCUCGCUGGAAGCUUUCACCUUACGCUCCCUGAUGCCAAAUAACACAGAUAAAUAUUACAUCUACAACGGCUCACUAACUGCACCUCCCUGCUCUGAAUCAGUGGAAUGGGUCGUCUUUAAACACACCGUGGCCAUUUCAGAAACACAGCUGGAGGUGUUUUGUGAGGUGAUGACCAUGGAGCAGGCUGGAUAUGUGAUACUGACAGAUUACCUGCAGAACAACUACAGGGAGCAGCAGCAGCAGUUCAUGGGUCAGGUGUUCGCCUCGUACACCGGAGUGGAGGACGUGCUCACACCCACCUGCAGCUCGGAGCCAGAGAACGUUCAGGCCGACGCCCAGAACGACACGACCAUCGUGGUGACGUGGGAGCGCCCCCGCGCGGUUUACGACACGACCAUCGACUGGUACACCGUCACCUACCAGAGGAUGCAGGGCCGAGACCAGAGCAAGCAGGAGUACAGGACGGACGGGGACCAGGACGUGGGCGCCAUCAUCCCCAGCCUGCUGGCCAACAGCAGCUACGUGGUUCAGGUGGUCGCUGUUUGCACCAACGGACUCCGAGGACGAUGGAGUGACCAGAUUAUAGUGGACAUGCCGUUAGAAGACCCUGAAAGUGAUUCAGACCCCGACGCCGCCACAAAGGAAGUGGAAGGCAACAGGGAGGUCUCAUCUAGAGCCAAAUCAGAGAAGCCAGAGAACCAGAAUCAGCUGGAUCUGUCUCCAGAGGACCACAGCCCCGUGGAGGAGAUCCCAGUGGAGCAGACCAGAGUUUACCAGAACCUCCCGGUCCAGAUCAGCGCCCGCCCGACCCCAAAGCCUUCCUCCGAGUCCGCUGUUCUGCAGAAAACCCGACUCAACCAGAACGUGAAAAAGAAACCGAGCCGGAACAGGUCUAGUCCCGACGACAUGGAUCAGAACUGGAUCUACGAGGACAGCGAUCCAACACACGGGCCGCACAUUAACGCGGGUUUUGACGGCAACGGUGCAAUAUGGAUAACUGAGGUGACUGAGCAGCCGGGCUUCCUGUUUCCAGCUGCUAGGGCGACCACACCGCCGACGGUUCGCCGACAAAUCACAGAAGAGGGCUCGUUGUCGGUGUUGCCACAUCAGUCAGGGGAUCAUGGUCCAGCAGAUCAAGCCGGAGAAAGCGGCCUCCCCUCUCCGCAGUCGGACCUCUACACCCCUCCUGUGGAGGACAUCCAAGUCACAGAUAUCUUCUAUGAAGACACAGUCAACAACUCUCCUCUAGAAUCCACCACCUCUGCAGAAACUGUGUCUGCUGCUGCUGCUGUGUUGCCAGGUGAUAAAGUGGACAAAGCCUCCCCGCCGUCCUCUGAAGACGGCGGCGUCCCCGUGAGCAGACCUCUACCGGAGACCAUCGCCUCGGUUUCCUCCACCCCGUCGCCCCUCUGGAUCACGGCGAGGGAGGCGACCGCCAGCAACACGCUGGCUGAGUCGGUCUACAAAUCCUUCACCACCUCCUCUCUUCUCAGGGUGCUGAUGCACACAACCCAGCCCAUGUUUAACGCAGAUACACCCACGUUCAAGGUUGAGGACUCAACAAGCUCUCGUAGCACUUCUAGUGGAGUGAUCGUCAACCCUGCAAAUCCCUCGGCCUCUGUCCCAGAAGGGGGAUCUGCCGAAGGAGAUUCAUUCACGCCUCAAUCACUCAGCCCUUUUAAUGAACUCGUCGGCAGUCCUUCUCCUGCCCUCCCUGAAGAUAACGGGAGCGGCAUCAUCUUUCAUCGUCGCGACAACUCCUUCGAGGAGCUCUCUAUUGUCCGUCUACAAAUGGAUUCAAAGCAGAUUUCUACCACUUUGGAUCUCUUAAUCACUGAGGAGGACCCCCUUUCUCUGCUGCCCGAUCAUAACUUGAGUACCAUCAACAUAUCAAAAAUAAACACGGUUGAAAUAGAUAAAACAAAUUAUCCUAAUCAAACUGACGGUAGGAUUCAAGACGGCGUGAUCGUCAAUGACGAGGAAGCCGGGACGAACUCCUCAUCUAUCACGCCGUUCUUUGAUCCUAAAGGUUUGACGUCGUCCCUUCCUUAUGAUUCAGAGGAAUCCUGGCCAGCGGAGGGAAGCGGAUCAGGUUCUGGCCUUUAUAGCAACAAGCUCAAUCAGGAAUUUGAUGGAGUCACCACAGUCAAGACUGACCUUUCUACUUCAGCUAUCAGCUUCAAGGUGGAUGAUACUGAGAAGAAGAGUAUAGAGGAUAGUGAAACAGGAAGUGAAACAAGUAGCGAGAAAGAAAUGGAGGAGAAUGAAAGUGAGCUAAGUGGUGAGGAAGAAGAAAAGGUAGAAGGGGUAAAGAUAAUAUACACUGAGACCGGCAGUGGGAGUGAAAUUGAGAGAGUUUUCAGCUGGCCUGAGGACGUCAGUGGCUCUGGAGACGGUGGUGGAGAGGGAAAAGAAAAGAAAGUCAGCGAUGAUGAAGAAGGUGUCAGAGUCGUAGGUGAAAAGCAAAGUGGUGACAAAGGUGAUGGAAGUGAAGACAGCGAUGGAGAAGUUGUACCUGGAGGAGCAGCACUGUUUGACAAUAGUGAAGAAAAUGAUGAUGGUGGUGGACAAGAUGAAGAGGGUCGAAACACCGCCGGGGCUAACUCUACGCCGGAGGACAACAAAGAGGGAGACGGUGAUGGAGAAAUAAAUGGAGGUCUGGAGAACGAGGAGCAGAUGGAAGGAGGUGGUAACAGUGAGGAUGGUAAUGCAGCUGUAAUUGGAGAGAGUUUCUCAAGUGAGGAUGGGUUUUUGUUGUUUGAUGCUGCAACGAGCCGCCCACUGGGGCAUCUGGUCCCUCUGCUCAGACUGACAGAUGGCAACGAGGCCCUGGAGGACCAAACGGAAGAGGGCAGCAACAGCAGCCACGAGUCUCGGGUGGGACUGGUCGGAGGCGUAGAGAGGGAGAAGAGGACCGUCGUUCCUCUGGCUGUCGUCUCCACUCUCACCAUCCUCUGUCUGCUGGUACUGGUGGGCAUCCUCGUCUACUGGAGAAACUGUUUCCAGGCGGCUAAUUUCUACCCAGAUGACACGGCGUCGCCUAAAGUCAUAUCAGCUCCGUCUACACCCCUGCUGCUGGCCACAGACGGUCACGAGCCGCUGACAGUGAAGCAGUUUGUGAAGCAUGUCAUGGAGCUGCACACCACCAACACUUUCUCCAAGGAGUUUGAGAUUGUCAAAGAAUCCUACGAGGAGGUGCAGGCGUGCACGGUGGACAUGGGCAUCACCACAGACAGCUCUAAUCACCCCGACAACAAAAGCAAGAACAGAUACAUAAACAUACUGGCCUAUGACCACAGUAGAGUCAAACUCUCCAGCAGUUUGGACAGAGAUGGGAGAUGUGGAGACUACAUCAACGCUAACUUUGUAGACGGUUAUGAGCGGACGAGGGCGUAUGUCGCUGCUCAGGGGCCUCUCAGAGCGGGCAGGGAGGACUUCUGGAGGAUGAUCUGGCAGCAGAACGUCGGCGUCAUCGUCAUGAUCACCAACCUCAAGGAGAAAGGACGGACUAAAUGUGACCAGUACUGGCCGGAGGAGAACCAGGAAGAGUACGGCCCCUACCAGGUGACCCUGAAAAGCAGAAAGACCCUCGCGUACUACACACUGCGCACGUUCACUGUCAGAGACAGUACAAAUAAGGCUUCUCAGAGGAGAGUUGAACACACCGUCCUCCAUUACCACUACACCCAGUGGCCGGACAUGGGCGUCCCAGAAUACACUCUGCCUGUCCUGUCCUUCAUCAGAGCGUCUUCCCGAGCACGGACGCAGGAGAUGGGACCCGUACUGGUACACUGCAGUGCCGGCGUAGGAAGGACAGGAACCUACAUAGUGAUCGACAGCAUGCUGCAGCAGAUCCAGGAUCAGGGCACGGUGAACGUUCUUGGUUUCCUAAAGCACGUCCGGACGCAGAGGAACUUCCUGGUUCAGACGGAGGAGCAGUACGUCUUCAUCCACGACACUCUGGUGGAGGCCAUCUUGAGCCGCGGCACCUCGGUGACCUCUGACCUCCUCCACAAUUAUGUGUCUGACCUCCUGACCCCUGGAGUGUCAGGCAGGACGCGCAUGGACAAACAGUUCAAGUUGAUCAGUCAGCGUCAGGCGAAGCACGCCGACUACAGCACCGCCCUGAGAGACGGCAACGCUGAGAGGAACAGAGCCAGAGCUCUGAUGCCCGUGGAAAGAUCAAGAGUGUGUCUGACCGCUUCAGAGACAAACGCCACAGGGUACAUCAACGCCUCCUACGUCAUGGGACAUCACCACAGUAAGGAGUUCAUAGUGAGCCAGACUCCUCUGAGCAGCACGGUGGCAGAUUUCUGGAGGCUGAUCUGGGAGCACAACACACACACUGUUGUCCGCCUGCCAGACACACACUGUCAGAGUGAAGACGUUUACUGGCCGAGUAAAGACCAGCCAAUGAGCUUCGAGGGUUUCACUGUGUCAUACUUGGGGGAGGAGCACGUGUGUCUGUCGAAUGACGAGAGACUUCUGGUGCAGGACUUCACAGUGGACUCUCCACAGAAUGUGUUGGAGGUGCGUCAGUACAGCGCCGCCUGCUGGCCCAACCCAGACAGUCCCAUCAGGAACAGUUUUGAUCUGGUCAGCGCAGUCAGAGAGCACAGCAGACAAUCAGGCAGACCCACGAUCAUACAUGAUCCGUUGGGAGGUGCUACAUCGGGGCUGUUCUGUGCCCUCACUGCCCUGUCCAGCCAGCUAGAGGAGGAGGGAGCGGUAGACGUUUACCAGGUGGCACGGAUGACCAACCUCAUGAGGCCUGGGGUUUUUAAUGAUGUAGAGCAGUACCAGUAUCUGUACCGAGCCGUGCUGAGUCUGGUGAGCAGCCAGGAAGACCAGAGAGCCCUGCAGAGUCCAGAAACCAACGGAUCCGUAACGAUGGGACGGACUAACAUCGCCGAGAGCCUGGAGUCACUCAUGUAGACACACACACAUAACACACAGAAAAUGCAUCAUACAAGCACACAUUCACACAGCGGUAUAGACCGGUGAUGUGGUGACGGAGGUUUGGCCUGACAUGAGAUGGGAGGAUGAUCAUUCUGUGUCUGUGGUUCAUACUGUAGCUGAGUCCGCUGAGCGUGUGGCAGGUCUAGACAGGUCAUUAAAGUGAUAACCUUUACUUAUCGUACUGUUAGUGUUCACAUGCGCCGCAGACUGAGCUACAGAAUCUACACAGACACACGGAGCUCAUUACUGAUGUUUACCCUCACGUCAGAUAAAGUGACCAACUGGCCGUUAUGUGACUCAUCCUUUUAAAAGAGAAAAGGUACCACUUUCUAAUAAUUCACAGUCUAUAAAGGAUUUAAAUUGUAACUACAUUCUUGAUGGCUUAUUCGAAAGUGAAUGAUGAGCAUUUAUUAAUGAAUUAUCAAGAUUUGUAACUGCAUUUUUACUGAGUAGAAAGGACAAAACACCAGCCCCAACCCAGUAACCGAUUUAUUUAUACAUUCAUAUUUAUACAGUUACAAUUCAGACAUCCAUUAUAGCAUGUCCAUUAUUAGAAAGUGGUACCAAAAACAGCUUUUACUGCCUUUUCAACAAGAACCAACAAACUUUUCCAGCUGUUGCUGGUCAGCAUGAAGCUGCCGAGCUCCGACACGUUUAAUUAAAAACUAAAUGAAUUUGGAAUAAAGCACA